AAGAAUUUGGUAAUCCUCGUGGUUUUCGGAUGGUUUUGUGCGCCUAAAUUUGGAUUGUUUCGUUACAAAAUGCUUUAAAAUUGGUAGAAUCUAAGUUUGCAAGGUAGCCGAUAUAAUAAUCGAAAAAUUGAAACUAAAAAUGGACUUGAACGAGCACGAGCUGGCGGAGCUGGAAGAACGGCUUUACUCCAGCAUUCACCAUGCGGCCGAUCCCGGCGUUGGUCCGGCUGCGGCGGAACCCUCGUCUGCCACUCCCGGUUUGUCCGCAACAGCAGCAGACAAGUCAACCUCUUCGGAACCUACGCCGGGUUCCGGAUCGACGGUUCGCAUCGUCACCGACAAGGCCAUCGUGAACGCGUCCAAGAUGAAGCGGUACUGGAGCUCUAUGGAGAACUAUACCGGGAUUAGGCGACCGAACAGGCCACGGAACAACAACGCGCCGGCGGUUGAAGCGAGUCGGGUUGAGGGAGGAGAGGGAGAGGAUGGCGUGGUCAAGACAUUCACUCCGUACCAGUCGAUUCUGGGACCAUCCGGGAUGGGCGGAAGUGGGUCCAGCAGUCCGCGAGGGGAAUUCUUGCUGAUGGAAGGAAUGCCAAGCAAGCAGAAGAAGAAAAAGGUUGGGGAAGGCAGGAAGGUGCUGAAUCCGAGCAGUUUGCGGGGCAAAAAGAUGGAACAGCUGCAGAAGAUUAAGGCCAAGAAGGCCAAAGCUAGCAAGAGUCGCCAGAAGGCCCAGGUUGGCCAGCAGCGUUUGGUGGCGACAAUCGAGCUGGAAUCUUCGGAUGAUCAAGAUGGAGAAGAUUGCUCGCCGGAUCCGAUCAAGCAGGAGCAGGAGGGAAUUGAGCAUCAAGAUUUGGAGGAUUCUGACCCGGACGAGGUUGUGCUGGUGCCAAGUGCCCCGCCUCCGCUGGUGUGCAUCGAUAGCAGCGACGAAGACGGAACCAAAGACAAGUUCACCCAUCCAAAGUCUAAGAAGAAGAAGACUAACAAAAAGGUCAACUCGCCACGUUGCUUGAGUCCUUCGAACAGCUCCAUAAUGUCGGAUGAUUUCAUUGGCCACAACGAUCGGACCAGGCUGAACGAUAGUUUCAUCGAGGGAAUCACCAACGAUUUAGAGCUGGAAUGCCAGGACGUUCCGUCCGGAAGCGCAAUCUUCGCAAGUGACCAUCCUCAAACUUCUCGCGCGGAUCGCGCCCCUUCUAUUUCUUCCGAAGGCACCGUAGCUACAAGCAGCGAUACGACCGACCAGGACAAACGUCUCAACAAGUCGGCGACCGGUGCGACCAAGCCCACGUUCUGCUCAACGCCCAAGCAAACGCUGCACGUCCGAAGGGCCAGCGCCAAGUCCCGCGAACAACCGGAAGAGGACAGUAUCUACUCGGCGACGUCUGCGAAAAAGUCCAAGCCCGCCGAGAAGCGCGCCAGCAGCGGAGGCGACUCUUCGGACGAGUGUGACGACGGCGAGUCGCGCUCCAAACGGUCCAAGUCCUACCACUCGGACGCAAGCAGCACCAAAAGUUCCAAAAAGCAGCGCAGCAAAAAACGCCGCAAGAAGGACUCCGAACACUACUCCGAUGAGGACUUUGCGUCGAUUCUGACCGACAUCGUGCAGGCGAUUUCGGAAAACGAAGGCGACAGUUCCGACGAGCCACCAGCAGAGCCAGAAGUGGUCGCCGAACCGGUGGAGAACAUCACGGACAGUGACAUCCUCGAAAUCAAAGACCAGGAACCAAACACAAUCAGUCUACCUCAGGUUGAGCCGCGGGAAAACUUUGUCAAAGCUCCCUCGCCGGAAGCGCUGGACGAUAGCAACGACGUGGUGGCCAUCGAACCACCCCCACCGCCAAUGAUCAAUCUGGCCGACGAAGACACGCGGGACGUUUCGGGGGAAAGAGCGGAAUACGAGCGCAUUCCCGGGCUCCGUCGCAUCGACGACGAUCCCGAGUGCUGCUGGAACGAAGAGAUGAAAAAGUUUUACAAUGAUUCGUGGAACUGCGAAGACUUUAACGUGUCCACCGUGCUGUUCAACAUGCCGCGUCAAACCAAACACUGGCCCAUCGUACACAAGGACAAAUUUCCGGACCCGCCGAAAAAGGAGAUCAUCUGCAACAACUGCCAACAACCGGGCCACAUGAAGUACAAGUGCCGCCGGCCACCGAAACCACCGACCUGUUACAUGUGCGGCCUAACCGGUCACCAGGAGACGCGCUGCCCCAACACGCUGUGCCUUAGGUGUGGAGAAAAGACGAACAACUUCCUGCGCGGAUGUCACGCGUGUUCCCGCGAGCAGCACAUGACGUGCCAUCUGUGCGGAAUCCGCGGACACGCGCAGCGCAACUGCCCGGACAAGUGGCGCCGCUACCACUCCACGAUCGAAGUCGAUAGGCCACUCACGCGCGACUACCAGCGCAAUCCGAACGCGCGCAGUUGCUGCAUUUGUGCCCGGCCGGGCCACCAGGCGCACGCAUGUCACGCCGCGGUGCGCAUUUUUGGCCAGUGCGUUCCGACGACGGAGAUCAUCAACUACCAGCCGAUGUACUAUCCGGAACGGCAGCAGCAGCAGGAGCGGGAUGAACAGGGACCGCGGUUUAACUUGUUUAGCGAGGUGGGUGAUUUUCAGCUGAACUUCGACGAUUCGAUCGCGAAGAAUGAGAACAGCUUCUACCAUCGGUUCUCCAAGUCGGUGGGACUGCUGGAGAAGAAAAAGAAGCAGGAGGAGCGGUUGGCCCGGAAGAUGAAGCGGGAUGCGAAGAGGCGUAAGAAGGAGGCGGGGGGUGGUGAUGAGGAUGUCGUUGAAAUGGUUCCUGGAGAGGAAUCGGUUGGGAAGAUAGCUGAAGAGGAAGUUGGUGGUGCUGCUGCUGGGAGCAAGUCUACAGCCACUGCCGUAGCGAAUGAAGAUUCGAAUUAUAGUUUUUCGGAGUUUUACGAAGAUAAGGCCGGCAAGCAGCAGCCGCAGUCUGCGCUGUCGAGCGAACCGAUGCCGGAUUUCAUCCCGCUGACAUCGCCGGAUGAAAGUGCGAAUCAUGCGUUCGCAGUUCCGGCCAAUGUGGAGCAGAACACGGAGGCGAAAAUUUACCUCACCAAACCGCACGCCAAGAUUCUGCUCGGUCCACACGGGGCCAACUUCCUGAAGGAUGCGUCCGCCAAGUUCACCCUCAAGCUCAGCAUAGCGUUCCAACCGGUUGGAAACGUCCUGCUGGCCAACGGUUUGUCCCAAAAUCAGGACAACUUCCACAACGACCUGGUCAAGUUCCUCAACAGCGCAUCGCACCAAAACGAGCAGAUCAAGCAGAUCAACAACGUCCCCAAGGGAACGGACAAGACCAUCCGUUACAUCGUCGAGCAUCUGCAGCUGCUUACGCGUUCGUACGAAAACGUUAAAAGCAUGUUCCGUCGCUACCAGCACUGCGAACAACAGGGCACGAACCCGAAAACCUGCGACAAAGUCCGUCGCAACCUCAACAUCAUUCUGUUUGGUCAGUUCGGCAUGCGGCAAGGGCGCGAUCACCUCAACCAGUUGCAGAGCAACCUCCAAGAGCUGAAGGACACCGCAAACCCGAUCGUCUCGCUCGAAACCCGAGACCAAAUCAACCAGCACAUCCGGUACAUCUUCACCUCGUACGACCACGCCGACUACGAGGACAUUAUGCAAGAGUACGACGCGCUGCGAAAGUCCCAAAAGCUGUCCAAAGUCAAGCCGGAAGAUCUGAACCUUACCCUUCCCGCCAAGCUGAACCUCCUCACCAUCGUAGACAGCAAAGAAGCCGACGAUCCCGACGACUCGUCGUUCAACGUGUCCAAAGAGUUCAGCUUCGACGACUCCUCACUCCCAAGCGACCUGAUCCUCAACACGUCCGAUCAACUGAUCGACGACGCUGAACCACCGAAACGCGAAGAAGAAGAGGCGCAAGUAACGCCUCCGGCGGCAGUGGAAGAGACCCCCAUCAGUGGCGCAGGCUCGUCGGCGGCUCCGUCGUCCAAACAGUCCAAGGUGGAGUUUCUGCUGAACGAUUGUCGCCAGAUGGUGAAGGUGCUGGACAAUAAGCCGAUCACGGCCAAGUUCGACCUGAUUUACGAGCAAACGCGCGAGGGAAAUGUGUCCAAGGCGAACUAUCGCACGCUGAUGGGGAUUCAUGGCAUUCUGAAGAGUAAGUUGUAUCGGAAGAGAAAGAAAAAUAAGAUGGCCAAUAGUUGAUUGGGUUGAGGGUGUUGUACAUAGAUUGAAGAAGACACUUCGGUAG